UAGCGGUUUGCGCCUCGUAUAGUGUAAACGCUUCCCUAACUUCUAACGUCGUUCAGUCGAUUCGUUUUCGAACCUUUUCAGUCGUGAAAAUCGGCUAAGUCGGUGAUCGGUUAAAGAGACCAAAUUGAAUGGGAUCGAAUUAUCACAGUGCUCGAACUGAUUUUAUAUCGUCGACGUUUCCGAAACGAUUUCUUUUUCUAUCAUCGACAUCUCGAAAUCGAUCUGUUUUUUAAACAUCAUCGCCGUUGAAGUGGCCAUUAGGUAUAUUAGCUGUUCGGAUCGUCGUAUGUGUUUUUGAAUCAACUCGUCUUCGAAGCUCUACGAACAAUAAAUUAAUUCGCAACAUCAAGCAAAAUACUAUUUCCUUCGGAUCGAGUGCCUACGAUUUCAGUAAUAUUCACUUGGUUGGUCCACAGGUUUGUCACAAUUUAGCGAUAUCUGUACAGAUCUCGGGAUACUUGGCGCAGAUUAUUCCAAUAUUUCCGGGGUGAAUUGCCAACCGUAUGGCAUUUUUGUGAAACCUGACCGGUAUCGAGGUCCUCCGAGGUUCAUUGAAUAUAAAAUAAUGAAUCGUUGAAUCGCAGAUAAGGGAAAACGAAUAACGAACUAUGAUGGAACACAUUACCAGUAAUAAUAUCAGUGAGAAUACCAGUGAGACGCAGGAGGAUCCGAAGACACAAAACAUGGAGUCCACCAAAUUCAAGCAACGUGCAGUGCGUGAUAUAAUUAUCAAUGAAGUGCAAGGACAAAUGCAGGAAAUUAGGCAAGACAUUUUGGAGAUCAUUAACAGCCAAAUGAACGAUAUGAUAUCGGAAAUAAUGAGCAGAUUCAAUUCAACGGAGUUGAAAGAUCUAACGGAGUCCGAGAAAUACUCUAACAGAACGAAACCAACAAAGGAGAACAUGUUACCUACCAAACAAUUUCUCCAAAGAAAUUCUCUAUUGACCGACCUGUACGAGAUUAAACAUAUUCGUACCCUUUAUAAUGCCAUCGUAGCAAUGUUGAUAAUUCUCUUAAUACACACCGCUGCGUACGAUAUCCGCCACAUAGGCUCGCCUAAUCUCGGCAUCGACACAGUGCGAGCUGGUUUUGCCAAAUUUCCAAUAGUACUGCUCAUUUGGACCCUUAUGAAGUUAUCGGUUCUAGGAGUAUACCCUACUUUCUGUUGUUGGGCCACUCGUCGCCUCAAAUACGAGCCAAAUUCUUUCGCCAAAAAAGUUUGGGACUACGUAUGGCUAGCAAGCAUCAUCCUAUAUCUGACUUUCUUAUUUAUACUUCCUACCAAAGCUUUACUUGACAACGAUUUGCCCUUUGCAUCUAGUACGAUCAUUCUCAUGGAGCAAGUCCGGUUAGUCAUGAAGAUUCAUGCAUUCAUAAGAAGUGUCGCACCAAAAUUUUUGUCCUUUAAACCUCAUUCAGAUACACCAACACCACAGCCACCUGAUUUUUCCAAGUAUCUCUAUUUCUUGUUCGCGCCAACUCUCAUUUACCAAGACAGAUAUCCUAGGUUGAAGCGCAUUCGAUGGAACAUCGUUCUGUCCAAUUUCGUUGAAGUAAUAACGAUCAUCAUUUUCGUUGCGCUUCUCUACGAGCGAUUGUUGUAUCCAAACUAUCGGGAUUUUGGGAAACAUCCAGUCGAGGUGGGAAAAGUGAUGGUGAAUAUUCUCAGCUCGAUGCUGCCUGGCAUUUUAAUGUUCGUUUGCGGUUUUUAUCUUCUCCUGCAUUGUUGGAUGAAUGCUACCGCUGAACUGUUACGAUUCGCAGACAAGAUGUUUUAUAAAGAUUGGUGGAACUCGAUCUGCUUCAGCACUUAUUAUCGAACCUGGAACAUCGUGGUACACGAUUGGUUAUACACUUACAUUUACAAGGACAUGUACGAGAUCCUGACUCCUGGAAACAGGACUAUAUCUACUUGUGCGGUCUUCGCUAUCUCGGCGAUCAUUCACGAAUACAUCCUUAGCUUCACCACCCAUUUCUUUUAUCCAGUUAUGUUGAUUCUUUUCGGUGUUAUUGGCCUUACGGUCGUGUUUGUAUUGAAGACUGCUGGAAACGUCUUCCUAUGGUUCAGCUUGAGCGUAGGUAAUGGAGUAAUGGUUAGCUUAUACUGCAUGGAGUAUUUCGCCAGGAUCAAUUGUCCUCCGGUUCGAGACGAUUUCUGGGACGUUUUCAUCCCCAGAAGUUGGACGUGUAUUUUUAAGUGAGCAAAUGUUUUAAGUUUUAUUCGAAUAGACACUCUGAAUAUGUUGUGAAAGUGUUUGUGUAAGGAUGUUUGCCAGUGGUUAUUGAAUUCUAGAUAUACUUGAAGAACGGUAUAACAGAAGCAGUAUAAAUUAGUAUAGACAAAUCGUGAAUUAUCUGAAGCAGAAGAAAUUAAACACAAAGCAUUGCGUAAAGCUAUAUUAAUAUAUAUAUAUAUAUACAUAUAUACAUCUAAGAUGUUGUAUCUUAUGAAUUAUAAAAUACCAUCUCUUCAAUUUUAGAGAGAUGACCCAGGAAUAAAAGCCAGGGAAUUGAAACUAAGAAAGGAAUCAUAAUCUUUUAAUUAAAAAAAUAAAAAUAAUAAUGUUUGAAUGGUAAUGUUUGUAUGCUAGGUAUCAAUGUGUAGAUGUAUGAUGUAAUGCUCCCAUCCAUAAGCUUUCGAGCAUUUACACAUUUGCGGAUUUCGCAUAGAUUUCUAUUUCUUUUACAGAUUUAUUGCGUUAUCCUAAAAUCUUGAUGUUAUUUCUAGGCGAUAUUGAAUAAUAUUUAUUAACAUAUGGUAUCGAUAAAAUUAUUAUAAACAUAGCUAAAAGAAGACAUACAUACACGGUUAACGUGAAAUUAUCGAGAUGAUAAAAGAAAGUUUCACACAAGUUUCUCUUCCGUCUGUUUCUUCACGAUGCGAUCUAUUUGAUAUGUUUAUUUCUUGUGAAAUUCGGUAUUUCUAUAUCUUCAGAUAUCUUUAGAUGGUAUCAACCAUUUUAUAUUAAUUUAUCAAUUAAUUUUUAAUAGAAUUUAGUUGUUAACAGAUACUAUUUAUACUAUCUAAGAAUAAUAUCAUAAUUACAGUAACAUGAUUAUUGUAACAUGAUAGAUUCGUUAAAUUGUCCUUUGUAAAAUUUUCAUGCGAAAUCUGCAAACACGUAAUACUUAUGAAUUUUAUUAUAAGUCCAAAUAGUUAUGGACAGAGGUGUAUACGUAAAUGCAUAAAGCAAUGAAAUAAACGACUUAUUUGUUUUCUCA